GUCGUCUGGAUUGAUCGCACCUGCGCCACGCCUCUCCUGCACGGCUACUUAUCGUGUGACUGCUCUGUCCUAUCCUAACGUCCUUGUCUUCCGCCUCCAUCCUCCCAUUCACCCGAGUCUCGCUUAUUGCGUACACAGCUGCAUAUUUCUGAAUGCGCGGGUCUUCGUUGGAUCCUGGUCCAUCCACUUCAUUGCUUCAACGAUUGCUGCUCGCGAUCAAACUAGCGCCUUCCGCAUCCUUCAAACCUCUACCAUCUAGCAGGAUGUCACCCACCGUAGGACCGGAGAUGGCACCAGCCUCUACUUUGGGCCCCUACGGGCGGCCUACUCUACCCAUAACACGAUCUUCGACAUCUUCGCUGCAAAGUGAGGCCGACAAUGCGACCUCGGCACAUCUCCAGCAUAUUCAUGUCCUCCGUAUCUAUCCCGUUUGAAGACGGUGACGUCGAUGUGGUUAGAGUGGAAGGCUUGCGCCAUUCAGACAGGAAUUGGAAGCACGGUGAGCACUGUUUCUCUGGCUUGAGCUCGCUCACGUUGGUGUCCGGCCAGCAGUGUACGACAAUGGGCACAGGAGGGGGCGUCAUCCUGGUUUGCCGUCGUCGUUACAAGUCGGCUCACUUUGCCGCAGAGUUGCUCCACAUACUGCAUACCCUCCGCGUACCAUCAUGGACGAACGUUGAAAUAACGCCUGAUGGUAUAGAGAUAUUCAAGGUGUCGGGAUCAAUGACGAAUGCGGUAUACUUUGUGUCAUGUCCCCGGGUCGAGGGCACCCGCAUCCUGCUCCUCCGCAUCUAUGGGCCUUCGUCUGGGGCCCUCAUCUCACGGCCCAAAGAGCUGCAGACACUGCAUGUACUUUCGUCCAAGUAUCAUAUUGGUCCGCGUGUAUAUGGCACGUUCGAGAACGGCCGUGUGGAGGAGCACUUUGAUGCAACGACACUCACAGCCGAGGACCUGCGAGAUCCUCAAAUCAGCUCGUGGAUUGGAGCUCGCAUGGCCGAGCUCCAUAACGUUGAUGUUCAAGAUGUCGAAGAAGCACGGGGCGAGGAUAGUCAUUGGGAUAUCGCGGCGAUGCAGAACGUUCCGUCGUGGCUAGCGUUUGCGCGCGAGGUGCUAGCACUACCUGGCGUAUCAGCAGACGUCCUUCGAACUCUCGACCUGGACACCUUCGAAAGUCAAUGGCGUCAAUAUGCCCACUGGCUGCAGCAGGUGGAGAGCGCUGAAGGUGUCAGCAGACGGGUUUUUGCCCACAACGAUACCCAGUAUGGAAACAUUCUACGACUGAAGACUCUCAAGGAUGGGAUGCCCGAACAUCGGCAGAUCAUUGUGGUCGACUUCGAAUACGCCGCCCCCAACGCCGCGGCGUUCGACAUCGCGAACCACUUUCACGAGUGGACGGCCAACUACCAUUCGGACAGGCCUCAUAUACUCAAUUCGGCACUGUAUCCCUCCCAGGCCGAGCGCCGCAACUUUCAUCGUUCCUACAUCAUACACGCCCUCGCCGCCUCCGACGCGUCCUCGAGGUUGUCAGACGAAGAAGUGAAUGAGGAGGCGACUAGACUAGAUCGUCAGGUUCGGAUAUGGAGCCCGGCGUCCCACGCAAUGUGGGCUGUGUGGGGCGUGGUCCAGGCUCGCGAGAUGGUAGAGGGCAAGGAUGGCGAACCAGAGUUCGAUUAUCUGGGUUAUGCGGCAUGUCGGAUGGAGAGUUUCCGUAGGGAAGUCCGUGCGCUUGGUCUGUCGAUAUAACGUGAAUAAGUUUGGGUACGCCUGGAUACGCUUUUGUACAGUGCUCUCCCAUGUCGAUGAUGCUGAUUCCCUUUUUAUCACUGAGGGCGAUAGGAUAUGUAGACAUAAGAGUUGCUCAUAUAAACUAUUCAACUUGUCCUCGCCGUCCCUUGGUCGCCGUAGCCGUGGGCCAACGUAGUGUAACAGAGUAGCGGAGUGAAUGAAACGAGCCCCAUUGUAAGGAUAGUCAUCACUCCUCAAGCCUCAGGCCUCAGGCCUCAGAGCCUGACGUUUGUGUCCGUCCUUCACCGGCACCGUCGUUUCCUUCACCGUAU